AUGUCCUUUGCAUCCAGACACAUUAAAAGCCACAGAGGUUCUCCCUGGUCCCCAGAGGAGGAGGAACGCCCUCCUCCUCUCCGGGGGGAGGAGGAGAGCUACUCCCAGGUACCAGAGAAGAAGGAGAGCUUCUCCCAGGGCUCGGGGCACCACGCUGGGCCCCGGGGCCUCUCGGUGUGUCCUCUAAGUCCUUCCACACUGUCUCCUGAUGUGAGUAACCUCCAGUGCAGCUGCAAACUUCUCCUUCACUGCAGCGUGGCACCCUCCUCCCCGCCACGCCGCCUUCUGUCUGCACGCGCUCAGAACGGCUCUGCACUCAUGAAUAAAUAA